CGUCACUGCCUGGUUACAAGUGCCAGGAAGAAAAAAAAGAUUUCCUAACUUAGUUACCGCUCAGACAGACACGGUGCAGCUCGUCUUAAACGCGGUUUUAAACUGGUUUUACGAUUAAUUUAAGUAAAGAAAGUUGUGUUUUAGUAGUUAAGGAAGAAAAAGGUGGACAUUAAAGGUGGAAAAUGGGUAAAAAACAGGAGACAAAUCCGGACUCCGAGUAUGGGGAACCUGCUCAGUUUGACCCAACAUUCAAUGGACCCAUGAAGAAAAGAGGGUGCACUGAUAUCAUCUGCUGUAUCCUGUUUAUGGCAGUCAUCCUCGGCUACAUAGCAGUUGGGGUUUUAGCUUGGCUCUUCGGAGAUCCACGACAUGUUCUUUAUCCAAGAAACUCAACUGGAUGGUUCUGUGGCAUCGGACCAAAUGAAGGCCGACCCAACCUGUUCUACUUCGACCUUCUCAAAUGUGCCACGUCUGUCAACAUCAUGGCAUCUUCUCUUAAUGGUUUUCAGUGUCCAACCACACAGGUGUGCGUAGAAAACUGUCCCACUCAGUUUGGGGCUGUGGGAAUACUGGAUUAUCGUCCAAAUGUAAAGCCGGCAGAUGUUUUCAAUCAGAGCCUCUGUGUGCCAUCCAUAGACCUGGCUACUACUGACCUGAGUGUUAAAGAAAUUGUGGACAAGGAGCUGUGUCCUUUCUUCUACAUACCAACGAUCUCUGCGCUGGGGAGAUGUUUGCCCGAUAUCACAGCACUGGAGAGGAUCCCUGAAGCCUUUACCAAUAUUCCAGGUUUACCCUCUUCCGUCAAUGACACAGUCGACCAAAUCAAGAACGGCACAGGGGACAUUCUGAAUGGCUUCAGUGCCAGAGAGAUUGGCGUCCGCAUCUUUGAGGAUUUUGCGUCGUCAUGGCCGUGGAUCCUCCUUGGUCUGGUAAUAGCCAUGAUGGUCAGUAUGCUGUUCCUGUUGCUGUUGAGAUUCACUGCUCCAGUGAUGGUGUGGGUGCUCAUCGUAGGAAUCCUGGUCGCUGGGGCAUAUGGUAUAUGGCACUGCUACUGGGAAUAUGAUAACUUCAAGCGGGCCUCUGCUAGCAUCUCUGACAUCGGUUUCACCACCAACUUCAAGGUUUACCUGGAAGUCCAAGAGACCUGGCUGGCGUUCUUGAUAAUCAUAUCUGUGGUGGAGGCGAUCAUUCUCCUGACCCUCAUCUUCCUCCGGACCAGAAUCCUCAUAGCCAUCGCCCUCAUCCAGGAGUCCAGCAAAGCAAUCAGUCACAUGAUGUCCUCUCUGCUGUACCCUCUGGUCACCUUUGUUCUCAUACUGGUGUGUGUCGCUUACUGGGGCGCCACUGCUUUAUAUCUGGCCACUUCAGGAGGCCCAGUCUACAAAGUGGUGGCUCUAAACUCCACUUUGAACGACUGUAAGACUAUCAAUGGCACUGUGGACUGUGACCCUCAGAACUUCAACUCGUCAGAUUACUCAGGCUGCCCCUCGGCCAGCUGCAUCUUCAUCAAAUACAAUGACGAGGGUGUCUUCCAGAGGAACCUCUUCAACCUGCAGAUCUACAACGUGGUGGCUUUUCUCUGGUGUGUCAACUUCGUCAUCGCCUUGGGCCAGUGUACGCUGGCAGGCGCCUUUGCCUCCUACUACUGGGCCUUCACCAAACCAGAUGACAUCCCCACGUUUCCCCUGUCGGCUAGCUUUACACGCUCACUCAGGUACCAUGUGGGCUCUUUGGCAUUUGGUGCUUUGAUCCUGACCCUGGUGCAGAUAGCGAGGAUGAUUCUGGAGUACAUCGACCACAAAACAAGAGCGGCCCAGAAUCCAUGUGCACGUUUCAUACUGUGCUGCAUGAAGUGCUGCCUCUGGUGUCUGGAGAAGUUCAUCAAGUUCCUCAACAGGAACGCUUACAUCAUGAUUGCCAUUUAUGGGAAAAACUUCUGCGUCUCGGCCAAAAAUGCUUUCAUGCUGCUCAUGAGAAAUGUAGUGAGGGUUGUGGUGCUUGAUAAAGUGACAGACCUGCUGUUGUUCUUUGGGAAGCUCUUGGUGGUCGCAGGAGUGGGCGUGUUGUCCUUCUUCUUCUUCUCUGGGCGAAUAUUGCUACCAGGCAACACCUUCCGCACUGAAACCCUCAACUACUACUGGAUGCCGAUUAUUACGGUGGUGUUUGGUAGCUACCUCAUAGCUCACGGAUUCUUCAGUGUGUACAACAUGUGUGUCGAUACACUCUUCCUCUGCUUCUUGGAAGACUUGGAGCGUAACGACGGAUCUCUACAGAAGCCGUACUUUAUGUCCAAAAACCUCAUGAAGAUCCUCAACAAAUCCAACAAAGCACCAAAAAAGGUUAAAGGGAAAGACUGAAGAUCAUUUCACCUCUUAAACACUGUCGCAGAUUUUCAGCACAUCUUUAUUUGCAUCUUCUUUUUACCCUGUUAACGCUCCAUUGUUUUCCAAAUAAGUUUACCAAAACUAAGUUGCUGAUUUUGCACUUUUUAAUUCUUAUUUUAUUAUGUAUGUGCAUAUGUAGUAUUAAUGACUGUACAUGAAAGAAAAAAACUGAGCAUGUGAAUGCAGGUAAUGUGAAGUUGCAGGGUAUCGUACGUGACAUAUUUCUUUGUUAAAGUCAUUUUUGAUGUGGCUCAUAAUGACUGAAAGCCAAAAAAAUUGUACUUCUAUUAUUUUAAACAAUAUUUGUUUCUGUUCAUACCACUCAACAUUAAUGCUGCACGCUCCGGACAUUUUAAUUAUUAUUUGUUAAUCCAGUUUUACAGCUUUUAAUGCAGGUAAGAGUUAGUUUUUUCUUCUACUUCUGUCUGAGAAUCUUUAUUUUCCCAAGAUGUGAUUUCUUCAGGUGGAACAAAAAAAUAGUAAAAUGUUUAUAUAUUUUUAGAUAUUUGUAUAUAAUAAAAGGUUGUUUAUAAAUACAAACAUUUUAUGACCACAAUGUUACUGAUUAUAUUGAAAAUAAUGUAAUAAAUUUGUAAAUAUGA